AGACCCAUCGUUAAAAUGCAAAACAGAUAUGGACCGUCGACUUCACACUGCCAUCUUAACCAAAACCCUAAUCUCAAACAUAUAAUAACUUUCUCUCUACCACUCAGGGCUCCGAAUCCCUCUUCUUCCACUGGGCCGACCACCUCUCCAGGAUCUCAAAGCUCAUCAAUUUCUACAGCUGUCUCUGAGAUGGGUGAAGAAGUCAAGGGAGGGUCAGUGAUUCCUGAGUCGGUGUUGAAAAAGAGAAAAAGGGAAGAAGAAUGGGCUCUGGCAAACAAACAAAAACUUGAAGCUGAUAAAAAGAAAAAUGCUCAAAACAGGAAAUUGAUUUAUAAUCGUGCUAAGCUCUAUGCAAAGGAAUACGAUGAGCAGCAAAAAGAGUUAAUUCAGUUGAAGCGUGAGGCAAAACUCAAGGGAGGAUUUUAUGUUAACCCUGAAGCCAAGCUGUUGUUCAUUAUCAGGAUUCGUGGUAUCAAUGCCAUAGACCCAAAGACUAGAAAGAUUUUGCAGCUUCUGCGUUUGAGACAGAUAUUUAACGGUGUCUUUCUGAAAGUAAACAAAGCAACCCUGAACAUGCUGCACAGGGUUGAACCUUAUGUUACUUAUGGGUAUCCUAACUUGAAGAGUGUCAGAGAAUUGAUUUACAAGAGAGGUUAUGGGAAACUUGACAAGCAGAGAAUCGCUUUGACUGACAACUCAAUAAUUGAACAGGCUUUGGGUAAGCAUGGAAUUAUUUGCACGGAGGACCUUAUUCACGAGAUAAUGACUGUUGGGCCGCACUUCAAGGAGGCAAACAACUUCCUAUGGCCAUUCAAGCUCAAGGCACCAUUGGGUGGUUUGAAGAAGAAGAGAAAUCACUAUGUUGAAGGUGGUGAUGCUGGAAACCGUGAAGACUACAUCAAUGAGCUCAUCAGGAGAAUGAAUUAGGUUUCUUUUAAAGUAGGAUGAUUUUUCUUAAAAUUUUGAGCUUGUCUCUUUGUUAUCCCUGGAAAUUUAAUUGACUUAUUUUUGGGGCCUGAAAAUUGGACUUUAGAUUUUCAAGUAAACAAUGAUGGUAUUUUUAUAACAUAUUGUUUGGUAAUAUUUCUUUGGACAAGUAAAGAGCUAGUUUGUCGAUGGGAGAGAAUCUAUUCUGAGAUAGUUGAACAUGUAUUAUGGUAUAUUUAUUAAUUAAUUAUUAUGUUGUCCA